CUGAAAUCAGAAACCCUUGCGAGAGAGAGAGAGGAGUCAUCUGCUUCGGCACCCCCCAGCGAUCAAGCCUCCCUCACCUGUGUGACCCAAGCCUCUCACCUUGCUUCGGCUAUGGCGACCGCGACGACUGUCAAGGACGUCUCACCUCAUGAGUUCGUGAAGGCCUACUCGGCUCAUCUCAAGCGAUCCGGCAAGAUGGAGCUGCCUGAGUGGUCGGAUAUUGUCAAGACUGCCAAGUUCAAGGAGCUGGCUCCCUAUGACCCUGACUGGUAUUAUGUGAGAGCUGCCUCCAUGGCAAGGAAGAUAUACUUGCGGGGAGGUCUUGGUGUUGGCUCUUUCCGAAGGAUUUAUGGUGGGAGUCAGAGAAAUGGAAGCCGCCCUCCACAUUUCUGCAAGAGUAGUGGUGCUGUUGCUCGCCACAUUCUACAACAGUUGCAGAAAAUGAACAUUAUUGAUGUUGAUCCAAAAGGUGGGAGGAGAAUCACUUCAACUGGCCAGCGGGAUCUCGACCAAGUUGCUGGGCGGAUCGUGGUUGCCCCUUGAACAAUUGACGUGGUCUGGUGGGAGCACUUGUUGUUUAUUGGAGAAAUGUGGCAACUACUGAGUUAAGACAAUUUUUUGUUCCUACUGCUGAGUGUUUCAUUAGGAUAGGAAAUGGGUGAUGUUUUCUUUUCAAGUUUGGUGCUUUGACGUUUAGCGACUCUAAAUUUAUCUAGAUGUCGAGGGUUAAAAGGGUAUUAGAGUGGAUCAUGUCUUUUGACAAUCAUUUCUUACAAUUUUAUUAACUAUUCAACGUUUCUCAAA